GGCAAUGCGUCAAGCUCUUGGCGACCUAUCGCGACGGGGUUCCACACCGAUCACUUCAUAACUGCAAUGCAAAGUAAUAUUGUGCGCAAAUGGGUACUUCUUUAUCGGCCAGGAAGUUACUUUGGUUCAGAACCACCAACGUGUACGGAUACAAGGCGGUUGGCUUUUGCCUCCUCCUAUCUAAAGCUUACUUCCUGCCUCUUUGGUAACGUACUUACAUAUAUCCAAACGUUAUAUUGUAAUGUUUCUUUAACCUUGCCUUACUUCGGAAAGGACCACCCCUGUACAUUUGGAAUAUAACCGCGCCGAAGCUCGCCUGAAGGCUCACCGAAAGAUGGAGGGGCUUCCUAAGCGUCAUAUCCUUGUCUCCAUCGACGACUCUCAGGCCAGCCAGAGGACCCUGGAGUGGGCCCUGGAGAACCUCUACAGGCCUGGCGACGAGUUCCAUCUCUUCCAUGUCAUCCCGCCGGGCCAGUAUGUCGUCCUCUCCACAGAUCUUGGCAUGGAAGAGGUUGUUGAGGAUGACGAAGCCACGAAGAAGCGUGUAGAGGACCAGGCCCGCAGCAUCCUGGUGGAGAAGUUCGUCCCCAUGCUGCAGGCAAAGAACGUGCCGUACCAGGUGGAGCUGGUGCGCUUCGCCACCGACAACGAGUCCAUCGGCGCCGUCAUCUGCAAGCGCGCCGAGCAGCUGCAGGCAUCCUGCGUUGUCAUGGCCAAGCACAACAAGGGCUCCAUCAAGGAGUUCUUCGUGGGCAGCGUGUGCAACUACUGCACGCACCACUGCAAGUCGCCGGUGCUGGUGAUGCACUGCGACUAAUGCGCAGGCCGAGAAGCUCAAGGCGGCAGUUCAGGCCUCAUGAAGAAUAAGGACCGCUUCAUAGCAUUUGCGACCCGAGGCCUGGCGUCGUUGUAUUUGCUUCCGUUGUAUUUGUCUUGUUGAUUCGUUGCUUCAUCAUCUUCUACGGCGCUGUUAAGCAUGAUGGGACAGUGGAACCGACAUAAGACUGCCAUCAGAACUCCAUAAGGGGUGUUGUGAGUUGUUGGUGUUCUCCCUUGAUAUGCAGCCGCAUGGUUUAGUUUGAUGAGCCUUGCUUUGCAAACUCUGUGCGUAGGGCUUGCCGGAGAACAUACGUAGUAUAAAUGCUAAAGCGUAGGUGGAUGUGGAGAUUAAGUACAUGGUUGCAUUUAUGUAAUGCAUCCUUAUGAGUGGGCAUGCGGAGUGACCUGUGGGUCAAAGAGGCCCGAAACGCUGUUUGGCCCGUCUUGAAGACACUACGCAAGGCCACACCAGGAAGGCUGGGGCGUUGAUUCGCCUGGAAGAACUCAUCACGCAUCGCCGUCCCGGUGACAUGUAAUGUACUACACCCUACA